CCAGAAUGAAAAAGAAGUCAACUUAUGGUCACGUAUGAUGCGAUGCUUUCUGAUCAGGGGAAAUAUUCGCCGCCCCCCGACCAAUUUUCUUCCAGGGUCUGGCCGCCAUGGACCCCUACUCAAGGUCUCUGCUGUCUUGUGCUGUUGAACCAUUGGCAUUCGGCAUGAGAGACACUUCUAACCUACUCCGUAGAGGGAUCUACCCCCUUCCUUCAUGGAUGGCAGGGUCAGGGACCACUAAAAGUCAAAAAUUCGAAGAAGCAGAGGAUGACCAGAUCUCGACACCUUUUUUUUUUUUUUUUCCUUCCCCGGUGCUCAUGGGAUUGCGAGUCAUUUCAUCAACAGAAUUCUCAAUUGAAGGGCCAAGUUCUCCCAUUCGUUUUAACCUUGCCCUUGGCCAGGCCCCGCCAGGGUCUAGGGCAGAUUUGUGGUUGACAGGCACCUUGGGAGAGGCUCACGGAAGGGGUUUAGCGGGAUGGGGUCUUCCCUUCAAGGCUUCAGGCUCCCAAAGUUCCCUCGGACCUUCAGCCAGAUCUUGUGCCAUGCCAAGACGGACGCUUGCGCGUCUCCGCCACCAUGACGUCCAGAUUAGGAAGGAUGCCGUAAUCUGUUACGCCGGGCGCUUUGAAAUUGCUUCCAAAUCGAGUUGGCCCAGAGAAAAGGGUAAAGGGAAAAGGGCAAAGGGGAAAGGGCAAGGGAGGCUGUGGCAAGAAAGUCUGGAGGGGUUCCUGCACCUUCAAUCUGUCGGUCUGUACGGCUGUCGGCUUGGUCGGGCCGUGCGACCAUGUUGCUCAGCUUCCUCUUUCUCUCUCUCACUCUCCGGGGAAAUUGGGUUUCGCCGUGUUCCCUGGAUGUUCCAUGUCAAUUAUGAUGCAAAGGUCUUAUUCACCCCAGGGUCUUCUCUGGCAAGGAAAGGAGGAGGUGGCGAGACGGAUGUCUAUCAACUUAUCAACUUCUUGCGUCGUGUACAUGAAAAUCCUGUCUGUCCGUCGGUGGAGAUAGCUGUUGCAAUAUUGCAGGUGCCGCGUAGUGCUUGCGCUGCAUAGGGUGCACGUCUUAUCUGUGCAUCGCGCACUCACGAGAGGCGCUUUCCCGAUGACGGGGUCUCGUACACAUAUGUAUACGUACGAUCAACCCUGAUAGUCAUUGUGU